CAGUUGGUAAAAGUUUCAUCAAGAUCCCAGAAACCAGGCUCGAGCCGGGCACUGCAGGAAGCUCUUCCUUCGCUUGACCGCUCGGCUCGAACGGUGCGUGAGGCAGUUUAUACAGAUGACCCGGGCGAUCUCAGGCUCGGCACGGGACAAUUAGGUUAUAACUCAUAAGAUGACGUUGAUGGCCAAGAAAUGAUCGACUAGCAAUUCACCUACAGCGUAUAAGAUGAGCCUAUAACCGUGAUAACCGUGGUCUUAAUAACUCAAGCUGGUCUCGCACCCUCACUUCCAGGCCGCCCUCGCAUCUUGGACAUCCUCACAAAGUACUACGAAAUGCCUCCUCUGGUGUCACUCCCAACCCUUCCCCUCCACCUCACCGACCUCCUCACCCUCCUUACCCUACUCACCCUCCCCCUGACUUGCCAUGGCCACUCUCACCUGUCACACAUCACCAUCAACGGCCUGUUAUACCACGGCUUCGACCCGCGCCCGAACCAGCAGCCCAACCCGCCCGACCACGUGGGCUGGUCGAGCGGCGCUACCGACGACGGCUUCGUAGCCCCCUCGAAAUACUCCGACCCGGACAUAAUCUGCCACGUCUCCGGCACAAGCCCGGCCGCGCACGCCCCCAUUCGCGCCGGGGACCGCGUGCAGGUACACUGGAAUGGCUGGCCCAUCGGGCAUGUUGGGCCAGUACUUACCUACCUCGCGCGGUGUGAUGACAGUGGCAGUGGCAGUGGUAAGGGAGGUGGGUGUGCCGGGGUGGACAAGACGGCGCUAAGGUGGACGAAGGUGGAUGAUUCGGCGCCUGUGAUGGCGGCGCUUACGCAGGGGGAGCCGCAGGUUGUUGGGAGAGGGAAGGGAAAGCUUGCAAGGGAGCGGUGGGCGACGGACGUCAUGAUUGCGGCGAAUAAUACCUGGUUGGUGGAGGUGCCGAGGGGGUUAAGGACGGGUGCGUAUGUGCUGAGGCAGGAGAUUGUGGCGCUGCAUUUUGCGGAGAGGAAGGGAGGGGCGCAGAAUUAUCCGCUGUGUGUUAACUUGUGGGUGGAGGGCUUGAAUGGGGAGGAGUCGGACGGGGAGUUUAAGAUGGAUGGAUUUGACGCGAGGGAGUUCUAUAAGGAGGAUGAUCCGGGAGUUUGGGUUAAUGUCUCUGCGGCUGCCAUGACCCGGUAUGUGGUCCCGGGGCCGACGGUGGCGGUUGGGGCGGCGCCGGUGCCGCAUGCGGAGCAGCGGGUGACUGCGGCCAGGGCCGUGGGGACACCGGUGGUUGUCGUGAGCGGGUCGAGGACGGCACCGUUUACUAGUAGCGGGACUGCCACGCCGAGGGCUAAGGCAGGGGGGGAAGGGAGGCGUUAUGCAGGGGACAGAACGAGUCUGAGACCGGAUCCUUGAGUCUGGAUAUGAAUCCUUGGUUGCUAUGAACCGGGACGGGGAGCUGCGGGCAGCCUUAUGUUUUGUUUGCUCUGUAUAUAUUUCC